UCAUUCCGUAUUUGCGUUUUACCAAAUAAAACCAGUCAGUUGUGGCGAAUAACCACCAAAUUCCCCUUUGUGUGCGUUCCUCAAAAAAAUCCACCAUCAUUUCUCUCAAAUUUCCAGAAAAAAAAAUCUCCCCCACCCAACCGCUCCAUCGCAGUGACGUAUCUGUCAAAUGUCAAAUCUAGUGAUUUCCCUGGUAAUCACGAAACGUCAAAAUUUAUGUUUGAAAUGACAUUUUCCUCCUUAUCGCAAAUACUGAGCGCUUUAACAAUAGCAGUUGUUUAAUUAUGCUAAUUUAGUGUCGGCCAGCCAGUGAUAACAACCGCCACCAACAACAUGGGUCUAUUCGGCACCUCCAACGACGUAGUAAUCGCAGACGAAGUAGAAAGAGCAACAAACGAGAACAAUGUCGACGACGCUUGGGACCAGAUCAUCGCAGUGUGCGAUAAGGCUGGCAAGGCGGCGGAGGAGGCGAAGAGCUACCUCAGGGCCAUCGUGAAGAGGCUGUACAACGCGGACCCCCACAUCGCCAUUCAGGCCGUCACGUUGCUAGAUGCGUGCGUGAAGAACAGCGGGAGGUUGUUCCACGUGGAAGUCGCGUCGAGGGAGUUCGAGAACGACUUUCUGAAGCUACAGUCCAAGGCACACGCCACCGUCUCGAAGAAACUCAGAGAGGCUCUGAAGAGGUGGGCCGAGAAUGAGUUCAAGAGUGACCAGCAGCUUAAUCUCAUACCGUCGUUGUAUACUAAAUUGAAGAAUAGCGGGGUGGAUUUCUCGUCGGAAAUGUUUUCCUUGCAGCCCGCGAAAAAGUCCUCGCACGUCAACAAGGACCCCAACGUCGUCGAAUCCCAAGAGGAAGAGAACCAGAUCCUCAAAGCCAUAGAACUGUCGCUGAAGGAGAGCACGUCCUCGCCUCGGGCGGCCAGCGCGAGCAGCACCCUGUACCCCUCGACGAAUCUAUCGCUGGCCGCCGCCACUUCCGCGAACUCGACGCCCGUCAAAGAGCCCAAGAAAGUGCGAGCUCUGUACGAUUUCGAGGCGGCCGAAGACAACGAGCUCACGUUCAGAUCGGGAGAGAUAAUUUUUGUGAUAGACGAUUCGGACCCGAAUUGGUGGAAGGGCAGCAACCAGAGGGGCGAGGGGCUGUUCCCGUCGAAUUUCGUCACGAAAGACUUGGACGUGGAGCCGGAGAAAUUUUUAUACGAAAAAGCCAAAAAAAUAGUCCAAUUCAAAGAAACCGUCGACGUGAAAACCGCCGACAAGGAGCCCGAGGACAUAGAAAUCAACGAAGAGAAAAUCGACCGCCUCCUGCACCUCCUCCACGAGGCCGACCCCACCAACCCCGAGACCGACACCGAGGAGAUGCUGAAAUUGGAGCGCGAAGUGAACGGCAUGGGACCCCUGAUCGACUCCGAGCUGGAAAGGGUGGACCGGAAGCACGCCCAACUCACCCAACUCAGCGCCGACCUCGUCGAGGCCCUCAGCUUGUACCACACGCUGAUGCGCGAGCCACAGUUCCCUCCGAAGCUGCCUUAUAACUUUAGCCAGAUGGCGCCGCCGCCGCCCAACUCGAUGGUGCCGCCGCAGCCCGCCUACAACGGCCUGCCGCCGCCGCCCGCGUCGAUGAUGCAGCCCGGGAUGGCGCCGCCGCCCAUGCACUACGGCACGCUGCCGAUGAUGCCGCCGGCCGGCAUGGGCGGCCUGCCGCCGCCGCACAGCCUGCCGCCGGGGAUGGGGCCCUUCAUGAUGCAGCAGAUGCCCGACGAGAGGAGAGGACACAGUUAUGGCACCAUGGUGCAUCCGAGUUUUCCCCCGAAUGUUGCGACGUCGUCGCACACUCUCAUACACAACGGACCUCCUCAGUCGCAAAGUCAACACUAUAUGCCUGCUUCAAGCUCUAAUCCAAAGUAGUGGGCCUUGCAAGAAUCCUGUUAUUUUUCUUUAUAACCGAUGUGAUUUGACUAUUUAGUUAUUUUGAUAAUAUCGUGUUUAUAGGUAUUUCUUCACUAUCCCCACCACUUUGGUUUAUUUAUUACCUACGAGAGUUGAUAUUAAGUUGGGGACAGACGUGCGUGCGGUGCAGACAGUGAAGAGAUUAUUAAGUAAUAUUGUAGACUUGAUGUAAAGAAAAAUAUGUAUAUGAAUAAAUUUUAUCAAGAAAUUAUUAUUGAAGUGUAAA